UUUUGUGGAAAUAAACGAGUUGGCAGUCUCAAGCCUUCUAAUGCCUUCAUUUCUAGGGUGUAUUUCUCUGGUCAGUCCUUAAAUGGAGAACUUGCGUCCUGAAUUGUGAUGCUUUUUGGCACCUUACUAUGUUCAUAGGUCUUUUGUGCGUUAGGUGGUUGAUAUGAAGCUUUGUUACCUUGUUAUAGGAUGAGAUAUCAAUGUAAUUGGUGGUGGUAUUAAUUAUUAUUGUUAUUCUCUGUUGGAAUAAUUGAGACUAUUUAGAGAGGAAUGGCUAUGUGGCAUUGCUUGCUCUCCUCUGGCACCCUUACUACUAAUAGUAAUUCCCUGUGCAGUCAGCAGCUACUUUUAAGUGUGUUUCUGCCCACCUGCAGCUGCUGUCAGCUGUGUAAACUGGAUUUUAAUUGACUUCUAAGUGUAGCUAAUUGCAGGGGCUGUUUGAGUAUUGUGAGGUUUGUUUUGCCUUAAACAGGAGGUCAGGUCUGUUUGACACUUUUAUUCCCUGCCAGUAAAACAACACAGAAAUAGAAGUUGUGUUGUAGCCCUUAGCUGGUGUUAUACAUGAAGUCCCUGCCUGCUUUAAUGUGCAGAUAGCCUCAUUUGUUCUCUGUGGUCUUUUGUACUUCAGAGGAGCAACUCUUCUGAAGGAGAAAUUGCUGGGGUUUAUGUGCAGAACCAAGGUAUAGUUAUCUUUUGACAACUAUAUAAAGUAGAGGGGUGAUUUAAUUCGGAGGGGAGAUGGAAGAGGGAGAGAAGAAACAGCUCUGUGUGCUUGUAGGAAGGGGAGCAACCUCCUCCUCUGAUUGAUGGUAGCUUUGGGAAGAAUUGCCUGAGCAGAAGGGAUGGGAGACCAGAAGAUGGCCAGGGGAAGCUCAAGGGGAAUGGUGUGGUGGUACAGCUUGGGUUUCUUGAAGUAAAACCCGAGAGUGCCUUGAAGGUUUUGAGCGCAGGUUUUGAUGCAGACCUUGGUUUUUUCUCCUUGUUGUGGUCAUGUUGUACUUCAAUACAUCUUUUCUCUCAUUUCUUGCUCUGUCAGACCUCACUAUCACUUAUAAACCAAACCCAUGAAGCAGAUAGGGUCACUGCCUCAAGCAGCUGGAGCCUGAGGCUUGCACUGUGUGACAGUAAGAGGCGGUGGGACCUCAAAGUAUGAACCCUUUGGAAGAUGACCAUGUGAAGAAUGUGGGCACACGUGAAGGGAGGAAGAAAUUAGUCCCUGGAAUGGAUCUUUAGAUGUGGAGCAAGUGGGAAGAGAGGUGAUUUGAAGGCCAUGUGCAUAUACAGAAAUGUAAUUAACUUGUUUCUUUGCUCACUCAGAAGGUGAAGGAGAAAUGCUUCCUUAUACAAGAAUUUGGGCUCAGCAGGGAUGUCCUGAGAGCAGGAACCACAUCUCCAAGUUGGCCUGUGGCAUGUCCCCAGGAGGAUGUUCAUCUCUCCUCUUGGGGCUCACUUGGAAUCCCUGAUUAUCUCCCAUGUCUUGUGGUAGAAACAGACUUUCAGCUGCUUCCCUGGUACUUUGUGAGUUACAUGUCAGGUUGUCCCCUUCCGUGCUUGGGCACUGCCCCUGAAGGAGAAGGACAGUGACACAUGUUGGACACGGUAGCAGAGGACUGGUCUUGAAAGAUGGAAGAGAUCUCUUCCAGCUCACUGUUGCUUUGAGGCUGGAUGUGCCAUAAGGAUAUAUAUAGCUUCAUUAUGCACAAUUUGAGUAGAGUGAGUUUGUGUUUGGCUAUUUUUUAGACAACUAAAUAUAUUGAAGCCAUUUUGCCUUUUGUGGGAAUAAAUCAUCCUUGCUGGCUUAGCCCUAUGUAUGAUUUCCAUUUUGAAAAAGCCAUAAAUACUGUGGUUCUAUAUUACCUGAUUGUGAACAUUGAGCCAAAAUGCACCAGAGCCAGAGUUCCUUGAAACAAGAUGUGCUUUUGAUGGAUGGGAAUGCAGAGGAGGAGCCAGCAGUUGUGACUCAGUCCUCAAUGAGGCUAGAAACCUUCUUGCUGCAAUGGAAGCUGCUCUUGCCAAAGGAUCUCGGGAAGGGACUCUGCCUUCUAGGCAAGCUGGCCAUGUUACUGAAGAUCACCUUGUCUUCCGGAAGCAGAAACACAGUGAACAGAUGAACCUCUUCAGCCAGACAUUCCUUCAGUAGAUCUCUCCCCUCAUGGAGCACCACGGCAGGGAGGAGAUGAACUCGAAAGAGGAAAGUCCUCAGGUGUGGGCUGACUCUGCUGAGCAGGAACAGAAUAGUGCUCAGGUGCACUUUGUCCCCGAGGGGGGGACAGUGGCGCAGAUCGUGUACAGCGAUGAGCAGGACCGUCCCUCGCAGCAGGUUGUCUACACGGCGGAUGGCACCUCCUACACCUCUGUGGACACCUCUGAGCACACCCUGGUUUACAUCCACCCCGUGGAAGCUACACAGACUCUGUUUACAGAUCCCUCCCAAGUGGCUUACGUCCAACAGGAUGCCACCACCCAGCAGGUAACUGUGCUCUUGCCUGCUGCUGCUCAGAGCAUGAAUCCCACCAACCUGUCCGUGCUCGGCAGCGUUGCUGAAUCCCCCCAGCAAAUGGCUCUGGAGCAGGGUCCUCAAGCAGAUAGAGCAUCAUUACCGGUGCAUAACCAGGUGUUACCUCCUAUGGAGGCAGUGGAUGGUUCUGACCCUUUAGCACCUCUGCAGAAUCAAAUGGGAAGGAUGGAAACAAAAGAGGAAGAUGACGAGGACGAAGAUGAGGAUGAAGAGGGGGAAGACACUGACAUGGAUGAAUGGGAUCCAGAUCCACCUCGACCCUUUGAUCCCAACGAUUUGUGGUGUGAAGAGUGUAAUAACGCGCAUCCUUCCGUGUGUCCAAAGCAUGGACCAUUGCAUCCGAUCCCAAACAGGCCUGUGCUGACCAGGGCGAGAGCCAGCCUUCCCUUGGUGCUCUACAUAGACAGGUUUUUGGGAGGCGUGUUCUCCAAAAGGAGGAUCCCCAAACGCACACAGUUUGGACCUGUGGAAGGACCCCUGGUUAGACAAACGGAACUCAAAGACUGCUAUAUCCAUUUGAAGGUUUCUCUUGAGAAGGGGGACAGAAAAGACAGAGAUUUGCAAGAGGACCUGUGGUUUGAACUUUCUAGCGAGGCACUUUGUAACUGGAUGAUGUUUGUGCGUCCAGCUCAAAACCAUUUGGAGCAGAACCUGGUUGCGUAUCAGUAUGGCCACCACAUUUACUACACCACCAUUAAAAACGUGGAGCCCAAGCAGGAACUCAAGGUGUGGUAUGCUGCCUCUUAUGCAGAGUUUGUGAACCAGAAGAUCCACGACAUAUCUGAGGAGGAAAGGAAGGUUCUCAGAGAGCAAGAGAAGAACUGGCCCUGUUACGAGUGCAAUCGGCGCUUCAUGAGCUCAGAGCAACUCCAGCAGCACCUCAACUCCCACGAUGAGAAGCUGGACUUCUUCAGCAGAGCCAGAGGCCGAGGUCGUGGCCGAGGGAAGAGGAGGUUUGGACCAGGCAGACGCCCUGGGCGCCCUCCCAAAUUCAUGCGUAUGGAAGUGACCAGUGAAAAUGGGGAGAAGUGUGAAGAAGGGACACAGGACUUGCUGCAUUUUUCCAGCAAGGGGCAGUUUGAUGAGGCCGGACAAGCCACACUGAACGGGCUGGAGCAGCAGGAGCAGACUCCAGUGCCACCAGAGCCACAGUCUGCACUGGAGCAGCAGUCGGAAAACCACCCACUACAAAUGCAGGCGCAGCACGACGAGAGCCCGGUGCCCACGCAGAGCACCAUGACAGCAGAUGACAUGAGGCGAGCAAAGCGUAUCAGGCUGGAGCUGCAGAAUGCAGCUCUUCAGCACCUCUUCAUCCGGAAAUCCUUUCGCCCCUUCAAAUGCCUCCAGUGUGGGAAGGCCUUUAGGGAAAAGGACAAACUGGAUCAGCACCUCCGCUUCCACGGGCGGGAAGGGAACUGCCCUCUGACUUGUGACAUCUGCAACAAGGGCUUCAUCAACAGUGGGGCUCUUGAGAGCCACAUGAAGUUCCACAUGGACCAGAAAACAUACUCCUGCAUCUUCUGCCCUAAGUCCUUCGACCGCCUGGAUCUGCUCAAAGACCACGUGGCCAUCCAUGUCAACGAUGGCUAUUUCACCUGCCCUACCUGCAAGAAACGCUUUCCAGACUUUAUCCAGGUGAAGAAGCACGUCCGCAGCUUCCACUCAGAGAAGAUCUACCAGUGUACAGAGUGUGACAAAGCCUUCUGCCGCCCUGACAAGCUGCGCCUCCACAUGCUGCGCCACUCGGACCGCAAAGACUUCCUGUGCUCCACGUGUGGCAAGCAGUUCAAGAGGAAGGACAAGCUGCGAGAGCACAUGCAGAGGAUGCACAACCCAGAGAGGGAGGCCAAGAAAGCGGAUCGGAUCAGCCGCUCCAAGACCUUCAAACCUCGCAUCGCUUCCACUGACUACGAGAGCUUCAUGUUCAAGUGCAGGCUCUGCAUGAUGGGCUUCCGCCGCAGGGGCAUGUUGGUGAAUCAUUUAUCAAAAAGACAUCCAGACAUGAAAAUAGAAGAGGUGCCAGAGCUCACAUUGCCCAUCAUUAAACCCAACAGAGAUUACUUCUGUCAGUACUGUGAUAAGGUGUACAAGAGUGCCAGUAAACGCAAAGCACACAUCCUGAAGAACCAUCCUGGUGCUGAGCUACCUCCAAGCAUCCGGAAGCUGCGUCCUGCAGGCCCAGGAGAGCCGGAUCCGAUGCUGAGCACCCACACCCAGCUCACAGGCACCAUUGCCACCCCUCCAGUCUGCUGUCCUCACUGUUCCAAGCAGUACAGCAGCAAGACAAAGAUGGUCCAGCACAUUCGCAAGAAGCACCCAGAGUUUGCUCAGCUCCCGAACACGAUCCAUGCGCCGCUGGCAACCGCUGUCAUCAGCUCCACUCCUGCUGUUCUAACCACCGACAGCACUACUGGAGAGACUGUUGUGACAACAGAUUUACUGACCCAGGCAAUGACAGAGAUAUCCCAGACCCUCACCACAGACUACCGGACUCCCCAGGGAGAUUACCAGCGGAUCCAGUACAUCCCAGUGUCUCAAUCCACAACUGGCUUGCAGCAGCCUCAGCACAUCCAGCUGCAGGUUGUGCAAGUGGCCCAGGCUACCUCACCUCACCAGUCCCAGCACUCCACAGUGGACGUUGGGCAGCUUCACGACCCCCAGACCUACACCCAACAUGCUAUCCAGGUGCAGCACAUCCAGGUCACAGAGCCUUCGCCAGCACCUCAGGCAUCAGCACAGGUUGGGGCUCAGCCUUUGAGUCCCUCCUCACAACAAUCUCAGCAGGAGCUCAGCCCCUCACAGAUGCAGACAACUACAUCGACACCAAGCCAAGCCCUCCAGCAGCAGCAGGGAUCUGCAGUCCAGCACACCUACCUUCCCAGCACAUGGAACUCGUUUCGGAGCUACUCAUCUGAGAUCCAGAUGAUGACCAUUCCCCAAGGCCAGUACGUGAUCACAGAGACUGCUGUAGGUACACCAGUCACCACUGUCAACACGGGGCAGGUGAAAGCAGUUACUCAGACUCACUAUGUGAUAUCUGAAGGUCAGCCUGAUCUGGAAGCCAAACAAAACUCUUCGCUCUCCAGUGAGGUCCAGGUCGGUGUUUCCCAGCCCCCAGCCCACACGGAUACCUUGGAAUCCCAAACAAGCACUCAGCAGCCCCCCACCCAGUACAUCAUCACUACGACCACCAACGGGAACGGCGGCAGCGAGGUGCACAUCACUAAACCCAGAACUUUCUCAGCAGAACAUGAAUGAAGAAGCCUCGUGGUGUCGCUUGCUUGUACUUGUCACCUGCCCCAAAGCCCAGAGCUAUGGGUAUGCUGGGGUUCAAUAUGUUUUAAAGUAUAUGCUCACUUCAACUAAAAUCUUGGAGCUCUUGUUAUGCUUUAAGAGGGUUCAAGUCCCUGGUGACCAUGAAGAAGUACCCUCAAAAUCCUUCUGGGUUGUUACUUUAUGCAGCUUUUAACAAAAAGGACAAGAGGAGAAGUAAAACUUCUGCUUGCUCUGGACUUGAUUUUUGGCAUGUCUGCUGACCCUUAUUUUUACUUUUUGGAAGUGUCUCCAGUAAACAACUUGUUAUUUCAAUUGUAUGGGGAAAAAGCUUGCCUAAUGGAAGGCUAACUGGCAGAUGAUGUAUGUAUAUUUUUACUAGGAGCUGUUAAAGAGGAGGCCAUCGUGUAAAUAGCCAGAAUAGGUCAGAACCGCUUCCAGUGUCUUUGUUUCAGCAGCCAAGGUGAAAGGGAACAUACCUGCUCAAUGUGAGCAGACUGCCUGGAGAGAAAGAGCAGCAGCAGCAAAGUGUCCAUGUGAGGGGAUGGAUGUGACAAUGAAGCUGUGAAGAUGUGCCCAAGCAGUCCAUUAAAUUAUUAUUCUUACUUUUCCAACCCUCAAGAACUGUUUACAUGCUGUCUGCCCUGCCCUAGUUUACCACGUUCCAAAAGAAGGAAAAGUGCAGUCUUAAGCCCGUGUUGUUUGGAACAAACCGAUGGAGGUUGUAGUAGCACAUAAGGGUAGUACAGAGCCACUAUUAUCUCUUUUUCCUAUCCAGUAUUUGCAGGGAAUAUCACCUUUUUGCCCAAUAAAACAAACAAAAAGGGUUCAGCUUAGCCUGUGUAGCAGCUUCUGCUGUGACCUAAAGGUAGUUGUGCCAGGAGAACAUGAGGGUGCAGGAGCACACCUCUGAAGAGGCAGGGUAGUUCUCCCUGUUGCCACCAUUUUUCCCUUUGAAGACUGGAUGGAGAGUUGGUUACUCUAUUUUUUUCCCCCCAAAUAGCCUUGUUAACAAUGCAGUGUGUAAUUCCUCUGGACAUUUCCAUCAGAUGACCAGCCCUGGACUCAGGAAGCAUACAAGAAACAUGCUAGUGGACCACUAUUUAUGGGACACAAAGCCAUCGGUGAGGGUUGCCUGCUUGGUAGACCUGGUCUGUGUACAGAAUUCAUGCUAUGCUUAGGGACCAGGAGAAAGGGAAAGAGAAGGUUUAUCUCUUUAGGGCAGUGUAAUUAUCUUGUUUUCUUCCAUAAUUCUCUUAUUGGUUGGUUAUUUAAUGCAUUCUGGUAUGUGCAAGAAUAGAACUACAACUCCAUUGACUCCUGAUGGGAUAUACUGUGUCUGUCUAAACCUUCAUUCACUGCCUGAAAACUCAUCCCAGAUUGUCUGUGCAUAACAGCAUACGUGUAUUUAUAAAACAAAAGCAAAGAAGGAUCUUUUGUCUUUAUGGCCUGUGAGACUGGAGAAAUGAGAGAGGUUUUCUGGGUUAGUUUUCUCUGUGCCCCAGAGUGUGAACAUGGAACUCCUUGGCCUAAGCACUACAGAUUUAGAUGAGGAUUACCCAUGUGGGCAAGCUCCACAGAUGUUUACAGGCUGUGGUAUCAGCCCUGAUGGAGUUAAAGCUCUUAGACAUGAUUUGGGAACUUCACACUUGGACUGGAUGAAGUCUGGUUUCUUCUGGGCAAAGCCUCAUAGCAGGUAUUGCUUUGGUACUUAACACAUCUGUUAAUAUGGUGUGGAAACUGUGUGUGAGGAGAGAAAUCACAUGGAGAAUACUGGCCAGUCAGAGGUGUUUCGAGGUAGCUUUGAGGUGACUUGCCAGAUAGGGAUGAAUUUGUUCCUGGGGUUUCACUUCUCUUGCUGUACCACUGUACUGGGGCGUUACUGAGGUCAGUGAAGUUCAUGAACUUCCAUUUAGUCAAGCACAGCGAUGAGUGUCUUUAAAUUCAGCACAUUUGGGAGCCCAGCAACUUGAGCAUGGUUCCUGCUCAUCCAAUGAAGUCCUGUUGCUGAGGACACUUGAAUUCCAGUGCUGGGCAUUGCAAUGAUGUUGCUGUGGGAGAAUAGAAGGGAGAUUUCUGUUGGCUUUCUUCACGCUGCUACGUGACUCAUAACAAGUCAAAAAUGGUGUGAAUAGUAGGAAAAUAGGAGACUUGGAAAUGGGAUACUGCACUACAAGAGGUAUUUUAAAGGUUUAAAAGGUCUUAUAGUCUGUAACAUCAAACUAGUUUGCCUUAAUGGUGUUGGAAAUGUGGGGUUGAAGAACUCUUUUGCUCUAUUCACCUUUGUUGGAAAGAAUCACAGGAGGAGAACGAUUAUUUGAAAACUAUCCUAAAAAGCUACACUCCUAAACCAGCCUCUUUGCACUCAAGUCUUCCUUCUCAAAGUUUCUCCUCUGUCCCACAGCAGCAGCAGCGUUCUCAUGCCACCAGCCUGGAAAUCCAUCAGGGAAUUCAUGGUGUCCCAAGUUAAACAAACACCUCCUCGCCAAAGCAGCCACCCGGGAUAUGGAAACACCAUGAAUUUUCCUUCCAGAGUAAGAAAUUAAAGCAAUUCCACAGGCCUACUUCUAGAAAGACACCACCUCCAUGGAAACACACACCAUUGCAUGGGUUUCCCCCCAUUUCUGCAGUGCAGAAAGGAGAGAAUUUGUUAUUACUUUGAAACCAGAGCAACCCAAAGCUGAUGUCCCACGGGAGGUUAGUGCUGGAGUCCUCCUGGACGACAGGCAUUCCUUGUAGGCAUUUUGGGUCCAAAUAUGCUCUUUUCCACACCCCCCUUCGCACCUCUAUUUAACUGUGUAUGUUAUUGUACAGUCGUGACCGCCGUCGUGUUGAGUCUUGUGCAACCCCGCAGCUGUAAAAAACCCACAUUAAUAAACCUUACACCCCCCCUUUUUUU